AUGGGGUUUUUUCCAGGAUCCAUAGCAAGUGCAAAGAAAAAGUUUUGGAGCGACUAUUUGUUCCAGCACUGUCAGCCAGCAGUUCACGAGGAUGAUGUACCAGAAAGUAUUCCAAAUUACAGAAAACUAUUGCGAAUUAUUGCUCAAAACCUUGGUCUAGAUUGGCAGAUCCUGGAGAAACACUUGGAUCCUCCCAAGCAAACCAUGAAGAUGACAUAUUAUCCACAGUGUCCAUGCCCUGAUCAAGCAAUUGGUAUAGGUUGUCAUGCUGAUCCAGGAACCAUAACGGUAUUACAACAAGAACUUGGAGUUGAGGGCCUUGAGGUUAACUACAAUGGCCAAUGGAUUCCUGUGAAGCCAGUUGAAGGCGCAUUAGUCAUUAAUGUAGCAGACAUGCUCCAGAGUUCGUGCGGUUUAUUUACCGUAUUCCUUCAUGGGGCUCUUGUUUGCAUGCUGCUGUCCAAGAAGGCUGCACAAGAAAAGCCAAAGUUCUAA